CAGCAAUGUAAAUAUAAAGUGAUAUUAUUUAUACGUAUAAAACAAGUUUUUUUAAUAAUCAUAAUAAAUAAAUAUUUUUGACAUGUUUGAAACAAAUAAGUUGUCAAAAGAUUAUUUUCUUCAACAAAUGAAAAAUGCAAGAAAAGAACGUGCCAAUGAAAAAGAUCGAGAGUAUGCAGCUUGUUGUAUUCAAAGAAGGGUCAGAAAUUGGUUAAGUCAUCGUCGUUUAACCUCAGAAGUAUUGGAGCAAUUCGAUAUUUCCUUCCAUAGUAUAACAAAACCUAAUGGUGCAUUUGAAUUGAAACCUGCAACACAAAUUUUUGAUGUAUUACAAAAAUUUCUAUCUGUCUACAGAAAGGAGAAAGAUCAAAAGCGUAUAGAAAUAAUGUGCAGAUACAUCAUUCAGUCUCUUGAUUCAGAAUCACACGUGUACUCAUACAUUGGAGUUGCUUUAAGUAAAGAUAGACAUCUUCUCUGGUUAUCUCAAAUCAAAAAAAUUCUUUGCUGUUGUCUUACUGAAAUGCAAAAUUUGAAUCCUGAACAAACUAUAGAUUACAAGUCAAUUUUGCUUAGAUUGCAUACAUUGAUCAGUUUUACAUCUAUAAAAACUUGGAAUGUUAUGAAAGCUUCUGGCAUGGAAAGACUUGAAACCGGAAUGAAUCAAGUUUGUUCAAAUAUCGUAGGAUGCUUGAUUAAUCAAAAUUUUUAUUAUAUAAUAAAAGGACUUCUAAUCAAAGGUUUAUGUAGAAAUACAGUUACAUUACAUGACGUUGCAUUGACUGCUAUAACAACACUUACUAUUAGACCAUUGAUAUUAUCAAAGCAAUCAGAAAAAUUAAUGUUGAUGUACAUGAUUCAUGUAUUUAGUAUCCCAGGGCUAAUUUAUCAUUUAAAUAAGAAAGAUAAUUCUUUGAGUAUUCAAUUGUUUAAGCAGCAUAACAUAUUUAAUAAAAUUAUUGACGUUUUAAAACUUGAUAGAAAUUUGGAAAGUGUAUUUGAUGCACUGGAAGGAAAUUACACACUUUGUUUGUUGGCUAAUUUAGUAGAAUUAGCACAAAUUGAUACUGAAAAAUUUUGCAGUUAUUACAUUUCUAAUUUUAUAGAUAUUACAACUAAAUUGCUUAAAUUUUGUCAACAAUAUGUAGUUGCUAAGAAAAGUAAUACAACAUAUUGGCAUCCAAUUCUUGGAUGGUUUAAGCAGCCUGAAGAUCAAUCACUUCAAGUUACUAUGGACAUACUAAAAAUACAGUUAUCUUAUUUAUGGACAGGAAAAAUUUUGACUUUUCUUAUCUGUGACCCACUUAGUGAUCUAAUAGAACGUGAAUCUUUGAAGAAACUUGAUCUACAUCAAACCUGUUCUAAAAAUAUCUUUCGACAGACUUUCUCAGAAUUUCGAAUAAAUCAACAGAAUAAAAAAUUUUAUCGUAAAUUUGAUAAUAUAGAAGUCAAAAAGAUAUCUUUGAUUUGUUCCUUGUAUUACACAGCUGUAACUACAUUAAGAGAAAUGAAGUCUGCUAUAUUCUCAGGAUUAAGUUAUGAAGAUAAAAAUAUUCUACAUAACUUAUGGAUAUUUUUUGGAACUUUAGGGCCUCAUUGUGGAUUGAAAGCUUUCAUAGACCAUCUUUCAAAAAAUCCUGAAUGCACAAGCUCUGAAUUUCAAAUGUUGAUGUUAUUCUGUGAUUGUAUGACUCGAUAUAUCACUGUUUUAGAUGAUAUAGAGAUGUACGAGCAACAAGAUCCAUUCAAACUUAUUGAUUUUGUUCAAAUGUCAUACUUCCUCAAUCAUUUUUUAUUUAAAGCAAUGUCAAGUAAUUUAUUCAAUACUGAAUGUGCAGAUCAAAAUGUCUUAUUCAUUUCAAUGCACACUUUGCUAAUGAGUAUUUAUCGUCGAGAUUGUCAGAAAAAAUUUUGCAAAGAUGACCAUUGGUUGAUCAAAGAAAUACGUCUUUCAUCAUUUUUAACAGAUCUAGAAAAGAAAAAACCAGUUGCAGUACUUAUUUUAUCAAAAAUGCCUCACAUUCUGCCACACUCUGAAAGAUUACUGUUAUUUAGGAAAUAUAUAUCAGAAGAGAAAAUUGCUAUUGGAUUAACAGAGAAUAUAUACAGUAAUUCAUUAUCAACAUUAAUUACUGUUCACCGAUCAAGAAUUAUUGAAGAUGGAUAUAGACAGUUGUCCAUCUUAUCUCCAAAGGCUUUAAAAAGCAUCAUAAGAGUUAGAUUCGUCAAUGAGCAAGGCCUAGAUGAAGCUGGUAUUGACCAAGAUGGUGUGUUCAAAGAGUUUUUAGAAGAAACAAUAAAAAAAGUAUUCAAUCCCUCUCUUAAUUUGUUUAGCAUGACAAGUGAUAAUCGCUUAUACCCGUCAUACACUUCUUCAGUACAAGAUAAUCAUCUUUUGCUUUUUGAAUUUGUUGGACGUAUGCUUGGCAAGGCUGUGUAUGAAGGUAUUGUUGUUGAUGUGCCAUUUGCGUCGUUUUUUGUUUCUCAAUUUUGCGGACAAUCUGGGGGUGUAAUGUAUAGUUGGUUAGAUGAGUUAGCUUCAUUAGAUCAAGAAUUAUACAGAAGUUUAACAAUGGUGAAACGCCAUAAAGGUGAUAUCAGUGAUUUAGAACUAAGUUUUUCGGUAGACGAUAACGUCAUGGGUAAGAUUGUUACAUACGAGCUGAAACCAGGAGGAAAAGCUAUUCCAGUGACGAAUGAGAAUAAAAUUAAUUACAUUCAUCUGAUGGCCGGAUUUCGAAUGUAUGUACAAAUAAAAGAGCAGAUAGCAGCGUUUACUAGAGGUUUUCGCUCGAUAAUAAAUCCUGAGUGGCUACCGUUAUUUUCUACACCAGAAUGGCAAAAAUUAAUUUCCGGAGACAAUUCUCCACUUGAUUUCCGUGAUUUAAGAAGACAUACUCAGUACUAUGGAGGAUUUCAUGAUAAACAUAAAAUCAUAUGUUGGCUUUGGGAUAUUCUUGAAAACGAUUUUUCAGAAACAGAGAAGGCUCUCUUUUUGAAAUUUGUGACAAGUUGCUCAAAAUCACCACUACUGGGCUUCGCUCAUCUGGAACCACCGUUUUCGAUAAGAUGUGUUGAAGUUGGAGAUGACGAAGAUGUUGGAGAUACAAUAGGUAGUGUGAUCAGAGGAUUUUUCACUAUUCGUAAAAAGGAUCCACAAAAUCGCUUGCCAACCUCCUCAACUUGUUUCAAUUUAUUAAAGCUUCCUAAUUACCAGAAAAAAAAUACAUUGAGAGAAAAGUUGCGUUAUGCAGUUACAAGUAACACGGGAUUCGAACUUUCGUGAAUUGAAAGUUAUCAAUCAAACAAUCAAUUGAAUGUUUCAAGUUGCAAGUUCAAAUUAACUUUAAUAUAUAUUUAUUUAGUUUCAAAGAGAUUACACAUAAUUGAUUGAUGAGAUAGUCUAUUAUAUCAUGUAAUAUUUAUUGGUCUAAAAAUUUUACAUUCUUCACAUAAUUGCAUGUAAAAAUUAAUAAUCUGUACAUUUGAAAGCCCCCUGACAAUAAUUCAUUCAUAAAACUUAAAAUAUAUUCAAUCAAUGAUUUUUUGCGGUGAUAAGUUUGCUGCGUUCAAUGUUUUGUUCUUAUUUUGUACUAUUUAAUUCAUUUCAAUAAAAUUAACAGAAUAAGAUUAAAACUAAAAACACAAAUUGUUCUUUAGGAGAAUUUUUCAAUUCAAUUUAAAUUAAAUAUAAUGUUAAUCAAAUGCAUAGCAUGAAUCGAUUAUGAACGUAAAAAUUGUUUGUACAUAGUAGAUUUUUAUAAUAAAAAUUCGAUCGUAUAAAAUCAUUUUUAUUCUGUUUAUUGUUAUAUUGUUGACUGUGUUUUAUAAUAAAUAAACAUUAUUUUAUUUUUUGCAUAAUACGAUAAUAAAACAUCAUGUAUGCUUUGAUGAUGCUAAUAUUCAACAAUGAAAUUGUUAUAGUUUUUAAUAAAAGAAACGAAUUUUACGAUUAACGCUAUUUCUCUAGUAUAAUAGAUUUUGUUAAUAUUAGGGUAAGGCAUAAUAUAAUCUUGUAAAAUUUUAGCAUAUAAAAUCGUUAUGCUUAAAUAAGAAUCAAUUGAAAUAUUGUUACUAUUUUCUUUCUUUUCCUUCCCAUUUAAGAUGUAGCACUGUAUGAACUUUAUAAAGUACUGUAAUUAGGUAAUAGAAAAAUAUAUUUAUAAAUCAUUAAAUUUUCUCAAAACUGAAUGAACAAGUUAAAUUAUUUCGCAGCUAUGAUUUAUAACUGUUAAAAAAUAAAAAGUAAUUCUACACGGGAUUCAAAUUUUUCAUUCGAACCUGAACAAUUACGUGUUUUAAAAAACUGCGAUUAUUAUUUUUCAAAGUUCAUUUGAGUUGAAUUUUUUUUAUGACAUCAAUGACAGAUUUAUAAAGCCUAAUUAUAUACAGAAUUUAU